AUGUAUCGCCAAAUACUGCUGCUAUUGGACAGUGUUGCUUCCCUUGCGACAUAUCGAUACACCAUCGAAGCAUCUGUAUACGUUGUCUUUAUCACCCUCUGA